UCCACGCAUGGAGCCUCCAUCACCUCCAGUCGCUUUUACGCACCGAGCACGAUAAUGCGCGCAGGUACCGGGACGCUCGCAGCCGCCACCCUGACCCACUGAGCUGCUCUCACGGACUAAUAUGAGAGAAGUGGAUGUAGAGGUGUGACACAGCCGAGAACAGGAGGCAUCUUUCUCUGUGGACCGUUCUUGUUUCCCAGCACCGCGCGUCAGCAUGGACGUCUUGGCGAACCACAGUAUCUUUCAGGAACUUCAGCUCGUGCACGACACCGGCUACUUCUCGGCCAUGCCGUCGCUGGAGGAGAACUGGCAGCAGACCUGCUUGGAACUGGAGCGCUAUCUGCAGACGGAGCCCAAGCGUCUGUCCGAGCUCUUCGACCAAGACCUGGAUGGUCUCCUAACUCCGGCCUACUUAAAGGAGGAUGGCGAGGAGGAGCUGACAGAUGCUCUGCUCCCGGACCCGCCCAGCCUCCCUGAGCCUCCGAGCCCUCCAGUGAUCCUCUGCCCGACAAAGAAGAACCUCCCCUCCACCGGGGCAAUGAAAAGGGACCUCAAACUCAAAAGCCAGGGGCUGGAAAAUGUAGAAGGGAUGGAGGGCGUCCACCAGGCCCAGCUGAGCGCCGUCACCUCCCUGACACCCCCGUCGUCACCAGAGCUGGGCCGCCACCUCGUCAAACCCAACCAGACACUGACGGCCUCAGCUGACGGCACGCUCACCCUGAAGCUGGUGGCCAGGAAGGUGGGGCUCAGCGCGGCCCGAUUGGUGGCGGCCCACGCCCUCCCGGUCCGAAUGAAGGACGAAGAGGAGGGCGCCGCGUGCGUGAUCGGGGUCGGGGAGCUCCCCGAGAACAAGAAGAGGAUUCACCGUUGUCAGUUCAACGGCUGCAGGAAGGUGUACACCAAGAGCUCCCACCUGAAGGCUCAUCAGAGGACACACACAGGUGAGAAACCGUACAAGUGCUCGUGGGAGGGCUGCGAGUGGCGAUUCGCCCGGAGCGACGAGCUGACGAGGCACUACCGCAAACACACCGGCGCCAAGCCUUUUAAGUGCAACCACUGUGACAGGUGUUUCUCGCGGUCGGAUCACUUGGCGCUGCACAUGAAGAGGCACAUCUGAGGAGUCGGAGAGAGGUCAGCGGGAGUGGAAGAGAGGGGAAGAGGAUAGAGGCGGAGUGGAGGAUAGAAAAUACAGAAAAAUAACACGAUGGACGUGAAGGAGGAAAGAUAGAGAUGGACUCUAAAGGCGGAUUUGACCGUUCUGGACUGCGGGGGGAGAGGGGCACCACACAGAGCGGCUGACUACAGACAGAUCCCGAGUGGGUCUGUGCUCAACCAGCUGGUCCACGAUUCCACUACGAAACAUCACCACCUCACAAACGUCUCGUCGGAGGAGUCGCUCGGACAGUCGCUCCACGUGGUGAAUGGUGGACCACGCCCCUGUGGUUGGCAGCUCUCUGUUUUCGUUGCUUCCAAAAUGUCCGCCCUCGUCACGCAGCAGUCGCUCCACAUGUCAGCGAACACGCCAACGCCAAGCUGCACCGUUGUACAGUAAACUUUAGCGUGCCGACUGCACAGCGGCUGUUUGUAUAUUCACGAUUUUUCUCGUCUUGGAAACUUCCCGAGGCCGAGGAGAACAGUUUCCCUUGUUCAGAGUUGCCAUGGCCUUUACAAUUCGCCAAAGGGGUUUAUCAUUAUCAUUAUAGGACAGAUAAUAAUUUGACAGUUUUUCAUCUGACCUCUGUAACGUCGAGUGAAUCCAUUUAUGCUUCGAUGGCAUCGGAGCAAAUGUUUGAACGCAGACUUCCCGCAGACUGGAGGAUGUGCGCUCUGCACUGAUGUGCUGUGGAGACUGAUGGAGGUCACGCCGGGGCCUGGCUCGCUUUACGAGCGUCAUCCAUUGAGGGCUACCGCGGGAUGAGGCUAACUCAUCUUCUCUGGGAAAAGACCGUUCCUCUCCGAGAAUGUCAGCUGAACCUGAGAGCGUUUUUUUUUUUCCUCUUGUCAGAAACUGUUGCACAAUUGACUGUUUGCAAACUUUUUGUAAAAAAUGCCCCGACCGUCUCGGACCAUUUGGGCCUCAUGAAGCGCUGGCUGAGCGUGGACAGCCACAAUGCACAAAGUCGAAGCAGCUCGCUGACUGCGAUAGCACACGAACAAGAUCACCAUGUAUGUAAAGGCCCUAUUGUUUCUAAGAAGAUAUUUGUUCAACAAAAACAAUUUGAAAAGACAGUUUUGAAGAACACAUUGGAAAUGGAUGCAGCCAAAAAAGAAAAAGAGGUUAAAAGUGUCGACUGUAGAUGCCUGACAUGAUCUCUUUGGCCUUUGAGAGUGAUUGGCACCGAACUAACCACUGGGUAGAGGAAGGUUUUAUUUCCUGUUUGCACCACCCAUGCAGAACUCUUCCAAUUUCGCAGCUCAUAUCAGAGAAAAAGCAGAAUCUAAUCUGGCCCCUAUGCAUAUCUAAAAACAUUCCUGCUGACUUCCUGAUCACACGCGUUUGUCUGAACGCAGAUUUCUACGCUGCCGGACACGGAAAGGACUUGUAGGAAGACUCGAAUUCAAUCAAUUGGGUGGCUCUUCUCCGAGCGAAUCAAUGUGAAUGUAUCUGUUGUAAGUCUGCACAUGUUGCGGGGCCCAUGGGACGAACAUACACGACACCAGUCAUGUUCAUAGCUUCUCUUUUUCACAUUGCAAACUAGAAUGACACCCAGUAGAGCUCAUAUCUCCACCGAGGCCCAACACACCGCAAUCUGCAAGAUCAGGAUUCUUAUCUGGAUUUAUAUCUGGAUCUGCACCAAAUUACACUCAUAGAUAUCAGUCCUCAAAAUAUGUUUUCAUCAGGAUCCAUGAAUUAUCUCUUGGGAAACAUCCUAAUCUUGCAAUGUUGAAGGUGAAAGUGAUUAAAAAAAACCUGCAUCCGCAUCGUGGAAAUCUGUUCAGUAGUUUUUUUAUGUACUGCUGCUGAUAAACAAAACGGACAGAGGUGAAAACAUGACCUUGUGGGCGGAGAUAACAAAUAGAAGGACUUAGAAUAACUUGCUAGCCACAGGUGGGAGCUGUAGACAUGUUACUGGUUGUACUGGACCAGCUGGAGGCGAUGAGUCCAGUAGGGGGCAGGAAACUGGAGGAGACACACGUAGGCCCUCCCAGGAAACUGGAAUCCACCUCGGCGUCCUGACUCUUCUCCGAGAGAACAAAGCUUUCUGCCACAUUACGCUUUAAAGUGUCAUGUUUUUAAUCCACAUAUGAAUUCUGGGUGAAAAUCCACUCAGAUCAAAACGCACACAAAUCAAAAUGGCAGCUUGGGCGACAGCAGAUGAUCAAGAUACUGAUGCACCUGGUUGGGAACAGCUUCAUUGAUGUGUUUAUUCUUUUUAUUUAUUUUUUUUACCGGCCUUUUAAUACUUCGAGGCAAAGUGGAGCACACAGCAAUCUGCUUCUCGGCCAGGGACACACAAAAUUGAUUUUACUCCGUGUACCACAGGCGCUUUUCAAUUUCGGGUAUGAAUGCAGACCAGCUCAAUCAUAUCUCGUCAUGAUCUGUCUGCAGCUCUGGAGGAGGAUACUGAAUCAACUCCGGCCUCGAGUAAACACCCAACACUUUCUUUCCUCACGUACAAACAAGCCAGGAUCCCUUUUUCAUUAAACAUCUACGGCUGGAGAUGUUCUCUCUUUUAGCAGCGCGUCUUUACCACAGAGACAAACAUCGACAAAAACAGACGGGCGAGAGAUCAGCGCUGUUUGAGAAGUCGUCCAGUGUCGCCAUGUUUCUUAUUUUACGGAUUGCAAAUGAAAGUUGAGGCAGAUUCAAUCGUUAGAAUUAGUCCUUCGUUUUGCCGGCUGCGUCCGAUUUAAAGCCAAAAUAAUCCCACGUAGGUUCGUAUUCUUCUUUGCAGCGAGCUCUUCCAUAAUUCACUCGCUGAUCGCUGAUACUAUCUGUCGGUGACGGGCCUCGAUGUGCAAAUAGCGGAGGAGGCAGUGACUGCAACAGACAAAAAACUGAUACAGGCUUUAAGCGAUUGUUUCCUUUCCUCCCUCCACACCAUCAAUGCUACCGGUCGUUAAAAACAGAAUCAAGACACGAGAGAAAGUUUUGGUUGAAUGAUCCUGGAAGAUUAAAAACGAGGACUAGCAGUUCAAGCCAUGGUUUUAAAAAACGGUAUCAUCAACGGCAGCUCUACUUGUGUGUUUCAGUAUUUCAGCGGGGGGGGAAACCGAACUGUUGCGUAUGUGCGGGAAUGUGCAGCUCUGGAGUUUCGUAUUUUCGUUUCUGUUCCGAUUGUAAAAAUUUGGUCGGACUCUUCUUACAAAAUUGUGUGAGCUCAAAAAAAAAAAACGGCAAAAAAAAAAGAAAAAACAACAACGUGGAUUUCAAAUGUGAAUGUGUUUCCCGGGAGAAGGUUUGUUUUUCAUGUCGUGUCCGAGGACGCGGUUCGGUUUUGUGUCAUCUUUAAUGAACGAUUGUCAAUUCUGCUGUGCCUGUGUGUUCUUCGUCUGUUUGUAUUUGCACUCUGCAUAUCUGUCCGUUUUCUGUCCGCUCGUACAUCUCACACACGACGACCCCCCCGGGGAAGACGAGACACGGAUCACAAAGUCUGUAUAGUAGCUGUUUUUUAGCACAAAUGUACAUCCAUGCAAACGACACACGCCAACAUUACACACACACACACACACACACAACUACACGCCUGGACAUGCUCACAGACACACACUUAUUUUCCUGUUCUCCUUGUGUUGUUCACCGUUUUCCAUGCCACCUUGUGAGAGUCGGAGAUCCAGACUGCAGCUCUCGUAGGCAGAGGAGUGUGUGUUUGUGUGCGUUUGGGGGCGGGGGGGGGGGGGGGGAGCAUUACUAUGUGUGACACCACCUCUGUUUCCACCAGGUCUGAAUUUCAAAUCAAACACUCCCCGUAUUUCUACCAGCAUUCCCUCAUCGCUUUCCUCUCUUCCCCUCUUCCAUUUUCUCACACAUGAUCCCUCUGUCCACCUCCUCCUCCACCUCCUCCACCUCCUCUCCACCUCCUCCUCCCUCCUCCUCCCUCCUCCUCCUCUUUCCUCCAUCGUCUUUCUCCUUUCCUUUCGCUGUACAAAGUGUUUCAAAUUUAUCAUUUGUAUAUUAUGAUGUAUGGGUACGAUAAUGUUCUUUAUUAUGGAAAAAUGAGAAAGAUUUAUUUUUGUUACUGGUUUGUUUCAUAAUUCUUUUUUAAAUUGGUAUUGUAAUAUCUCUAUGCAAGGAACUGUUCGGUGAAUCGUUUUUAUUUAAGAAUGUAAUUACGUGUAAUAAAUGGUAGAAGCAG